AUGCGGGAGGAUUGCCAACAAUGUCUCCCCGGUUACUACUGCGAAGCCGCGGGUCUCUCGGCGCCUUCUGGAAAAUGCCGGGAAGGUUUCUUCUGUCUGGAGGGUUCGGAUCGACCCGACCCCACGCUGAGUGAUGGGAAGGGAGGACCUUUUUAUUGUCCCGGCAUACGUGACGGCUCUCGGUCUUGGACCUACGAGUGUCCAGAAGGUCAUUACUGCCCGUCCGGGACCUGGUCCAAAGACCAGUACCCGUGUCCAGCUGGAUCCAUCAACCCCCACACGAAGAUGGCACACGCUGAGCACUGCUUGCCCUGCCCUCCAGGCUACUUCUGUCCGUCCCCGGGGGCGAGUGCUGCAGCAGGCCAGUGUGACGCAGGGUACUUCUGUCUCUCAGGGGCCCGGUCACCCACACCACAGGAUGGAGGGCCGACAGGUGACGGAUGUCCCGAAGGUCAUUACUGCCCCCGGGGGUCGUCGGCCCCACUGCCCUGUCCCACAGGAAGUUACAGCAACACAACCAGAAGCGGUUACCUCUCCGACUGUCGGCCUUGUCCUGCAGGUCUCAUGUGUGUCACCAGAGGGCUAUCUUUCCCUUCUCAUAUCUGCCCAGCUGGUUCUUACUGUCCGGGCAGAGAGAACAGCAGCCAGCAGGCCUCUGCACCUUGCUCACCUGGACACAUGUGUCCACCUGGAUCCGAUAGACCGGUACCCUGCUCGCCGGGGACCUUCCAGGAUUUACCCGGACAGGCCGAGUGUGUUAAAUGUCCGGCCGGAUUUUACUGCGCCGGCCCAGCGGAUGUUGACACUGGGCACUCUCCCACGGCGUGCCCUAAAGGACACUACUGCCCACAAGGAGCGCAGUCUGGUGUGGCGUUCCCGUGCCCAGCUGGCGCCUUCAGCGGGCAGAUGGGUUCGUCCAAUCAGUCGGGCUGUGAACUCUGUCCUCCAGGAAGAUAUUGCGCUUCCUCUGGACUCGCUGCUCCCACCGGGGUCUGCUCUCCUGGUUACCUCUGUAUCCAUGGUUCGCUUUCUGCCCGGCCAGAGGAGGGCCCGGCGGGAGGCCGGUGCUCCGCUGGGUCCUACUGCCCCGGGGGUACCAACUACAUGGUUCCGUGUCCGGCGGGAACCUUCAGCUCAAUACACGGGGCAGUUUCUAUAGAAGUGUGUCAGUCCUGUUUGCCUGGCCAUUAUUGCUCUGAGGCCGGCCUGUCCUCCCCGUCUGGGCCCUGCAACCCAGGCUUCUACUGCACAGAGGGGUCCAGAACGGCCACACCUUGGGGGAACACCACAGAUCAGGGUCUCAACACGUCGAACGCGUCCUGCCACUCGAUCGCCGCGUAG